GAGUUGAUAGUCUGGAAAGGACAUCAAACAUUUCUAUAAAGCUAAGUAUGUUGCCAGAAAAAUAAGGGAGCAGAGCUUUCUUUCCCCAGGAAGCUUAGCUCUGGUUUAGAUUUUUCAGGAAAAACUGGAAUCAAAUUACAGAAUAAAGGCACCCAUUCCUCUUUUAAAUGAAUACCAGCUUUGGUGUGGCUUUGAAUAAAGCAUUCUGUAAACCCAAACCAGAACUAAACUAGUACAUUAAACUUAGAUACAUUUUCACUAAACCACAAAGCAAAAGUUUUCCUAAAAAUCACCCGGUUAACAAAGUCUGUGUAUUUAAGCCAAAACAAUUUAACUGAACAUACGGUCCACACAUUUGUUUCAGGUCCCUGCUAAGUCAAUCUGGAAAUUCACAGGUGUGCCCAUCCUGCUUCAGCAGCAGAAGUCCAGGUGUCCAGAGCUGACUGAUGCCCAGUAUACCUCCCCUCCCCCAUCUUCGUCACAGGAUUUGACGCACCUGCUCUCCUAAUGACUGGCCACCAACAUGCCAAGCCUGACCCUGGCCCUCCCAUUUGCUGUUCAGCCCAAGUGCGGAGAUUGGCUAUUAACCCUGUAAACAGGCCUCUGACCUCCAGAGGCUGAGGACUGGCGGGGGAAAGCUGAGCUGCUGACGCAGAUUGGGAGGCAGGAGCCCAUUUUCAGUGGCCCAGGCUAGCUGUAUCCAAAUCCACAAGUGGGGAGGGGUUAAAGCCUUGAGGGACAAAAUUAUUCUACCCACAGCUGGUGGCCCUAGGGAGGCUGCACUGUCCUAAUAGCUGGGCCCCAUCUCUUUAGCCCGCUUCUUGGUGGGGAGAGAAGCCACUCCUGGGUAGGUACUGCCCCACCCAAACCCAGCCAUCUGGAAUGACCCAGCCAGCGCUGGUUCCCAGGUGUGUGGAUGUGGAUUGUCCCACUCACCCAACACGUUCUACAAUGAGCAAACAAGCUCUCCAGGAGAGUGGUUGACGCCUCCCCUGUACCUCUGAACAGCCUGCCAGGCUCCCUACUCUUAGGCCUUCCCUGUCCACCAGGGACAGCCCUGAGCUGGGAGUCUGGGAACUCCCAGGCAUUUCCCCCACCCAGGACACAGCUCUUUUGGGGUCAGGGAGGGCUGUGAGGGCUUUCUAGGCCUCAAGAUCAGGAGCUUGAAGAUGCAGCCUAGGAAGUGGGAAGAUGAGACCAGGACAUGGGCCAGCCUGGAGCAGGAGUCCCAGGCCUGGAGGCUCAUGGGAAGGUGGUGGGGAGGAACCAUCUGUCGGUGGCCUGAGGCCAGCAGCUGCCUGGUGAAUGUUUGUGGAGUGGUCUGGGAAGGGGGUUGGGUGGUGAGCUGUUCCCCCUCCCCUCUCAAGACGUCACUGGAGUCUGGGGGUGGAGCUGCCUGGCCUAUAAAUCUUGGGGCCAUCUGGCUAGGAUCCUGCAGUCGCCUGAAGGAGCCAUCUCAUCCACAGCUCUUCCUCGCCUGGAUCGAGCUCCAUCCUGGGUGCAUGAGCAGCCUGCCAUGGCCAGCUCCAGGCGAGGCCUCCUCCUGCUCCUGGUGCUGCUGACUGCGCAUCCUGGACCCUCAGAGGCUCAGCACUGGUCCCAUGGCUGGUACCCUGGAGGAAAGCGAGCCCUCAGCUCAGCCCAGGAUCCCCAGAAUGCCCUUAGGCCCCCAGCAGGCAGCCCAGCCCAGUCUGCCCAUGGCCUCUCAAGUGAUGCCCUGGCUCCCCUGGAAGACAGCAUACCCUGGGAGGGCAGGACCACAGCCUGGUGGUCCCUUUGCCAGAAGCAACACCUGGCACAGACACUACUGACAGCAGCCCGAGAGCCCCGCCCUGCCCCGCCGUCCUCCAAUAAAGUGUGAAGUCUCCGAA